AGACCUGUAGAACAGGAACCAGCCGCCCUGCCACGGUCUGCCGCCCCGGCCGGCGCACUGAGAGCACUUCCUGGCUGGCAGACCGGGGAAGGAAGUGACAUCAGAAGGUCUGCUCCCACCUUCCACUAGGAACACCACACACACAGACACACACAGAGGCACACACAGACACACACAGACGCACACACGUAUACAGACACAGACAAACAUACCACACACACACACACACACACACACACACACACACACACACACACACACACACACACACACACACACACACCAGAGCGUGUAGGUGGAGGGUCUUGGAGCGGUCAUGUCAGGGGGGAGCUGGGACCAGGAACAUGGUGCUUAUCAGCGACCUGGACCCUUGGUGUUCUUCUCCAACCCUCUGAUGAGCGACGGUGCGUCCGACUGGUCACCGGUCCACGAUGCGUCUUUCAACGGCCGUCCUGUCGCUCUGCAGACGCUGCUCAGCCAAGGGGCGUGUGCUAACCUGGCCACGCUGGACCAGGUGUCGCCCCUCCUGGGGGCGUGUCAGCGGGGCCACGCCCUCUGCGCUCGCCUCCUGAUCCAGAACGGAGCUCAUGUGAACUCUGCCACGCUGGACGGAUCAACCCCCCUAUCAGAGGCCUGCGCUGGGGGUCACCUGACCUGCGUGUCACUGCUCCUGCAGCACGGGGCCACGCCCCUGGGACAGGGUUGCCACGCCCCCUCCCCCAUACACAUAGCCGCCGCCAAAGGUCACCAGGAGUGCGUCUCCGUCCUGGUGGAGCACGGUGCUGACGUAGAUCUGCACCGGGACCUCUCAGGCACGCCCCUCUGCGCCGCCGUGGCCAAUCAGCACCUGAGUACCGUCAGGAGCCUGCUGCAGCAGGGCGCCAGUGUGAACAGCAGCCUGGACGGUGACUCCCCGCUGCACACGGCGGCCCGUCUGUCCAGCCCGGAGAUGGUGUCUGUCCUGAUGGAGCACGGGGCCGACUGCUCCGUCAGGAACCCACAGGGAAAACGGCCCGUUGACCUCGCGCCUCCCAAUAGCCUGGCGGAGAGGAUGCUGGGAAAAUCAAGAGGAGUGCCGUGUCUAAAGCAGUUAUGUCGGCUAAGCAUCAGGAGGUUCCUGGACAAGGAGAGAAUGGGUGCUAUUUGCGGACUAGACAUACCAGUAGAGUUGAGAGACUAUCUUCUGUACCGGACAGCCCCCCCCCCGGUCUGCCGGAGAGUGUGAGUCUGUCUGGCACUCAGCCGGCUCUCUCAGCGUCACCCGUUCAUGGAGUUCUGCGUGUGGCCACUAGGGGGCGAACUUGAGUCGCUGUAAACCGCCUGAUUGUUGGUGGCUAUAACGGUAGCAAUAUUUUUUCACAAUUGUAAUAAACUUCUGUGUGGACAAAAGGUUA